AUGCCAACCUAUCUCUUCUUCAUACUGAUUACAGUACUUCAAGCAUCAGCAGAUCCUCCGUGUUAAAAAUGUAUCAAAGACACUACUCCUGCACUUUGGCUUCAAUUCUACUGAUGCUCAUGUUCAUGGAGGCCACCUGUGUUCAAGCUCAAAGCAGCAAUAGCAGCAGUAAGAGAAACCUCGAUGCUGCUUCAACACAUUACCAAGUUUUGUCACCUACAAAAACAGGGCAGGAACUGGUUCUGUGCUUGGCUAGAGGAGCCUGCCACAACAAAAUCCUCACCUGUCCGUCGCAGUGCCCAGUGAGAAAGCCGAAGCAGAACAGGAAGCAUAAAGGAUGCUUCAUCGACUGCAGCAGCAAGUGUGAAGUCACCUGCAAAUGGAGAAAGGCGAACUGCGAUGGGUAUGGCUCUCUGUGUUACGACCCACGUUUUGUCGGCGGUGAUGGUGUAAUGUUCUAUUUCCACGGCGCCAAGGGAAGGAACUACGCAAUAGUAUCAGAUGAUAACCUCCAAAUCAACGCCCAUUUCAUCGGAACACGGCCAGAAGGAAGGACUCGCGAUUUCACUUGGGUGCAAGCUCUAGCAGUUAUGUUCGACUCUCACAACCUAGUUGUCUCCGCUAACAGAGUCUCCCAAUGGGACGAUGACGUAGAUGCUCUCUCCAUCAGAUGGGACGGCGAAGCAAUCGAAAUCCCCGCCGAGGGAGAUGCCGAGUGGAAGGCUAACGGCGGAGAAAGGGAAGUGGUGGUGGAAAGAACUGAUAAUACCAACAGCAUGAAAGUGACAGUGGCCGGAUUGCUGGAAAUGAACGUGAAAGUGAGACCCAUCGGAGAGAAGGAGAACAAGGUUCACAACUACCAGUUGCCAGCGGACGAUGCCUUUGCCCAUUUGGAGACCCAGUUCAAAUUUACAGGGUUAACGAAUCAGGUGGAAGGAGUCUUGGGCAAGACUUACGGACCGGACUACGUUAGUCCUGUGAAGAGAGGAGUUCCAAUGCCGAUGAUGGGCGGAGAAGACAGAUACGAAACACCGUCGUUGGUCUCGCCGCUAUGCAAGGUUUGCAGGUUCAAAGGACAAGCUACUACUCUUGCAGCCAUCUAGGAUUAGAGAAUUUAGCCUGUAAUAUUGUUGUAUUUGACAAAAAGGAAUAAAGGCUACCAGCUUUGCCCAAUGUACACUAUCUUGUAGGUUGAAUAUGUGUUUUCAUAAAUGUCUUUUUAGUUU